AUGGGGUGUGGUGGGAGCUGUAGCCAUACCGUGGAGCCAGCCGGUGUUGCCUCGGUUUUCUACGUGCCGGAGAGCUUUCCAAAGCCUCCCAACAAAAACCUCGAGCCAAACAGCUCCACCCACCGGCUCUACGUUCGGCAGCUGAACAACUACCUCAUCAAUGUCGCCAAGAGUCCGUACGCCUUCCAGGUGCAGGUGGCGAGGGGCCGCCAGGCACGCUUUGGGGAGGCAUGGGCUGAGGGCAGCAUGCCGGAUAUGUUAGUGCAACCUGGAGAUCCUUGUUGCGAUGGCAAGUGGCUUGGCGUUGGCCCGUGA